GUGAAAGUAACGGGGACAUCAUGGUGCAGGCCUGGUAUAUGGACGAUUCCGCGGAGGAUCAGAGGAAGCCGCACCGCCUGCAGCAAGAUGUGCCCGUGAGCUUAGAGCAACUGAAAGCACUCGGGGUGGACUCGUUAUCAUUGGAUGCCGAUAGAUACGAGUCUGAUCCAGAGCUGGCCAAAAUCCGCAAGGAAAACAAUUACACCUGGAUGGAUAUAAUCACCAUACACAAAGAUACAAUGCCAAACUACGAGGAGAAGCUGAAAAUCUUUUAUGAGGAGCAUCUGCACCUGGACGAUGAAAUUCGCUACAUCCUGGAAGGCAGCGGUUACUUUGAUGUGAGAGACCAGAAGGACAAGUGGAUCCGGAUUUUCAUGCAGAAGGGGGACAUGAUCACUCUGCCUGCCGGGAUUUACCAUCGCUUCACCCUGGAUGAGAAUAAUUAUGUGAAAGCCAUGAGACUGUUUGUGGGAGACCCAGUGUGGACCCCGUUCAACCGCCCAGCUGACAACUGCGAGGCUCGUGAAAAAUACGUUCAGUUUCUGGCACAGACGGCUUGAGCUUUAUUUCUCUUUAGCUUUGAAUGACUGGUUUUAUUCAGACAAUCAGUAGAAAUGGAGACCAGACUUAUUCCAACAAGUAAUAUCCAAUCAGAGCUCAGCAUGUGCAGAACUGCGAUUGGCUGGAAUUGUGUUCCUGUCUUUGGAUGAGGCUUCUCUGCCCCAUAAGUGUCAUGUGACGUAGGAUGGAACCAUGUUUAUUUAGUGCUGUCAGUGAAUUACAGGAGAGGGGCAAAGGCAAUGAUGAAAUGAUUACAUAGUAAAAAUAAUCUGUCCUUUCCUCAUCACAAGUCUUUUAUUUCUUUUAUAAAUAGAGAUAAAGGAUUCCCCCCGUAGUUCCACAGUUAUUAAACAAUUGAUCAACAAA